GGAAGAAUUUGGUAUCGAUCGACUGAUGGAGCUUGAGAUUCAUGGGAGAGUGAAUCCCGCAACGAGGAUUCUCUUGUUGAUCAUCAUCCUAGCAUCGCCAUCGCUGUUCCUGCUGGGUGAUUGCUCGCCGGCGAUCCAGGGAUGCAACAGCGUCGAGAGCAGGCUGGUCCCGGGGCUAUCGAGGGCGCGGCCGCGCGUUUUCUCCAUCGCCGAUUUUGGGGGAGUGAGCGAUGGGAUCACGCUUAACACCAAGGCGUUCCAGAAGGCGAUCGAUCACAUUGGUAGCUUUGGCAAGCUGGGAGGCGCGACCCUCUACAUCCCGCGAGGCAAAUGGCUCACUGGAUGCUUCAAUCUCACGAGCCACAUGACUCUCUUCUUGGAACAGGACGCCACAAUCCUCGCCUCCGAGGAUCCUCAAGAUUGGCCCGUGGUCGAUCCCUUGCCAUCGUAUGGGCGAGGAAGAGAGCUUCCAGGGAAGAGAUACACGAGCUUGCUUCAUGGGCUGAGGAUCACCGACGUCGCGAUCACGGGAAACAAUGGCACCAUCGAUGGCCAAGGCCUCAUCUGGUGGAACCGAUUCCGCUCCAAAACCCUCCAGCACACCCGGGGCUCCCUCGUCGAGUUUAUGUUCUCCUCCAACAUCCUCGUCCACAACGUUACCUUGAUCAACUCGCCCUUUUGGACGCUCCAUCCCGUUUACACGAGUGACGUGAUGAUCAAAGGAGUCACCAUUUUGGCACCUCACAAGGCGCCCAAUACGGAUGGAGUCGAUCCAGACUCCAGCUCCAACGUGUGCAUCCGCGACACGUACAUAAGCAACGGUGACGACGCAGUGGCCGUCAAGAGCGGCUGGGACGAGUACGGCCUGGCCUUCAACCGUCCCAGCCACGACGUCUUCCUCGUCAACCUGACCGUCAGCGGCUCCCACGGUAUCUCCCUGGGCAGCGAGAUGUCCGGGGGCAUCUACAACGUCCACGCGUACGGCGUCUCCAUCUCCGGGGCCGUACAGGGCAUCCACAUCAAGACCUCCGCGGGCCGGGGGGCUUACAUCAGAAACGCGAGCUUUGCGAGCUUUGAGAUACUCGACACCGGGGUCGCGUUUUCUUUCACUGGGAUCUAUGGUGACCACCCGGACGCCGGGUAUAACGCCAGCGCGUUCGCUACCAUCGAGAAUAUCUCGUUCCGGGACGUGGUUGGGAUGAGGGUUAACCGCGCGGGUGACUUUCGCGGGGUGCCACAGUCGCCAUUUCGCCACACUUGCUUCACCGAUGUGGCCUUGGAGCUGAAUGGGAAGAGCAACCAUUGGAACUGUAGCUACAUAGAGGGAUAUUCGCGGCAUGUGUCUCCUCCGCCAUGUCCCGAGCUUCAGCUAGAAUCAGAAUGUUGGUCUUGAUUUUCUUUUUCUAAUCUAAAUUAAUUAAUUUAAA